AUGUCUGCUCAGCAAAGUAUUCUAAAAUUCUUAAGGAGAUCAUCGCCAGAAUUUGGCCCAAAGAGCAAGGUGCAACGAACCGAGUGCGACUCAUCAGUGGCAAAAGCCUCAAGUGACAAAGAAAUUGUUAACAUAUCCCCCGAUGAUGCAAGUAGCCGGUCUCAGAUUAACCGCAGCGUUGCGGAACUUAAGCUCAAACUGCCGAACGCUGUUAAAACCUUGAUUCGAAAUAUGGAUUCAGAGUGGUGCUUCUAUUUGGCAAGCGUAAUCAGAAGUGAUUCCUUUACAAAAUUGGCAAACUUCAUAGAACAGGAACGAGCCAAGACCACUAUCUAUCCCCCACAAGAGGAGGUCUUUACGUGGAGCAAGUUGACACCGCCGAGGAGGGUGCGGGUGGUUAUAUUAGGCCAGGAUCCCUACCAUGGUCCGCGACAGGCGCACGGAUUGGCCUUUUCGGUGAGGCAGCCGCAGCGCCCUCCACCGAGCCUGCUUAACAUGUACAGGGAGAUUGCUUCUGACUGCGACACCGUGCCCGAGGGCUGGCCGCCCUGUCACGGGGACCUUACUCGCUGGGCGGAGCAGGGCGUCCUCCUACUAAACGCUGUCCUCACCGUCCGCGCUUCUCAGCCGAACUCGCAUAAGGACCAGGGUUGGGAGAAACUUACUGGGGCUGUCAUUAACUACAUCAACCUCCACUGCUCACAUGUCGUAUUUCUGCUGUGGGGAGCGAAUGCGCAAGCUCAAGGCGCGGGCAUCGAUAGGAAGAGACAUCUGGUCUUGCAUGCCCCCCAUCCCUCUCCCUUUUCUGCUAACCGCGGUUUCUUCGGCUGCAAGCACUUCAGCAAAGCGAACGCCUACCUCAAGGAGCAUCAUCUGGAGCCGAUUAAGUGGACAGAUCUUUCAUGA